CCGAGCGCGAGCCCGAGCGGCAGCCGGCGGCCGCGGGAGCCGCGGGGAGCGCGGGGGCGGCCCGGAGCGCCCGGGGUCCCCGCGCCCCGCUCGCCCGCCGCGCUCCGAAGAUGGUGGCGGCGCCGUGCGCCCGGAGGCUGGCCCGGCGCUCGCACUCGGCGCUGCUCGCGGCGCUCACGGUGCUGCUGCUGCAGACGCUGGUCGUGUGGAAUUUCAGCAGCCUCGACUCCGGGGCCGGGGAGCGCCGCGGGGGCGCAGCGGCCGGCGGCGUGGAGCAACCGCCCCCGGCCCCGGCCCCGCGCCGGGAGCGCCGGGACCUGCCCGCCGGGCCGGCUGCAGCCCGAGGCGGCGGCGGCGGAGGACGGGGGGCCCCGGCGCGGGCGCGGGGAGGCGGCCCCGGAGAACCCCGGGCGCAGCAGCCGGCCAGCCGGGGGGCACUGCCCGCGCGGGCGCUGGACCCUCAUCCAAGUCCACCGAUCACCCUGGAGACCCAGGAUGGCUACUUUUCUCACCGUCCGAAAGAGAAAGUGCGGACAGACAGCAACAACGAGAACUCAGUCCCCAAAGACUUUGAAAAUGUGGACAACAGCAACUUCGCACCCAGAACUCAAAAGCAAAAGCACCAGCCUGAGUUGGCAAAGAAGGCCCCGAGUAGACAGAAGGAGCUUUUGAAAAGGAAGCUGGAGCAGGAGGAGAAGGGGAAGGGACAUUCGUUCCCAGGCAAAGGCACCAACGAGGUGCUGCCUCCUGGGGAGAAAGCCACGGUGAACAGUAGCCGUGGGAAGGAUGCCCCAGGACAGCCCCACGCCAGGAAAAGCGGGGGCAGCUCCCCUGAGCUCAAGCAAGACCAGCCGCCCAAGUGUGACAUCUCGGGCAAAGAGGCCAUCUCCGCACUGUCCCGCUCCAAGUCCAAACACUGCCGCCAGGAGAUCGGGGAGACCUACUGUCGCCACAAGCUAGGGCUGCUGAUGCCCAAGAAGGUGACACGAUUCUGCCCCCUGGAAGGCAAAGCCAACAAGAACGUGCAGUGGGACGAGGACUCGGUGGAAUAUAUGCUCGCCAACCCGGUCCGAAUCGCCUUCGUGCUGGUGGUCCAUGGCCGCGCCUCUCGGCAGCUGCAGCGCAUGUUCAAGGCCAUUUACCACAAAGACCACUUCUACUACAUCCACGUGGACAAGCGCUCGAAUUACUUGCAUCGGCAAGUGCUGCAGUUCGCCGGACAGUACGGCAACGUUCGUGUCACGCCCUGGAGGAUGGCCACCAUCUGGGGGGGCGCCAGCCUCCUGUCCACGUACCUGCAGAGCAUGCGGGACCUCCUGGAGAUGACCGACUGGCCCUGGGACUUCUUCAUCAACCUCAGCGCCGCCGACUACCCCAUCAGGACAAAUGACCAGCUGGUGGCAUUUCUCUCCCGGUACCGAGAUAUGAAUUUCCUGAAGUCACACGGCCGGGACAACGCAAGGUUCAUCCGAAAGCAGGGUCUGGACCGGCUCUUCCUGGAGUGUGACGCCCACAUGUGGCGCCUGGGGGACCGGCGAAUCCCGGAGGGCAUUGCUGUAGAUGGAGGCUCCGAUUGGUUCCUGUUGAACCGGAAGUUUGUGGAGUACGUGACCUUCUCCACAGACGAUCUGGUGACCAAGAUGAAGCAGUUUUACUCCUACACCCUGCUUCCUGCUGAGUCCUUCUUCCACACGGUGCUGGAGAACAGCCCCCACUGCGACACCAUGGUGGACAACAACCUGCGCAUCACCAACUGGAACCGGAAGCUGGGCUGCAAGUGCCAGUACAAGCACAUCGUGGACUGGUGCGGCUGCUCGCCCAACGACUUCAAGCCGCAGGACUUCCACCGCUUCCAGCAGACGGCCAGGCCGACCUUCUUUGCCCGAAAAUUUGAAGCCGUGGUGAAUCAGGAAAUCAUCGGGCAGCUGGACUAUUACCUGUACGGGAACUACCCCGCGGGCACCCCAGGCCUCCGCUCCUACUGGGAGAACGUGUACGACGAGCCGGACGGCACCCACAGCCUGAGCGACGUGGCGCUUACCUUGUAUCACGCCUUCGCCCGCCUGGGCCUCCGACGGGCCGAGUCGUCGCUGCACGCGGAGGGGGAGAACAGCUGCCGGUACUACCCGAUGGGCCACCCAACAUCCGUCCACCUCUACUUCCUUGCGGACCGCUUCCAGGGCUUUCUGAUCAAGCAUCAUGCUACCAAUCUGGCUGUGAGCAAACUGGAGACCCUGGAGACAUGGGUGAUGCCGAAGAAGGUCUUCAAGAUCGCAAGCCCGCCCAGCGACUUUGGGAGGCUCCAGUUUUCCGAGGUCGGCACUGACUGGGAUGCCAAGGAGCGGCUCUUCCGCAACUUUGGGGGUCUCCUAGGGCCCAUGGACGAGCCCGUAGGCAUGCAGAAAUGGGGGAAGGGCCCCAACGUCACCGUGACUGUCAUCUGGGUGGACCCCGUCAACAUCAUCGCAGCCACCUAUGACAUCCUGAUUGAAUCCACUGCCGAGUUCACCCACUACAAGCCCCCUUUGAACUUGCCCCUGAGGCCUGGGGUCUGGACAGUGAAAAUUCUUCACCACUGGGUGCCAGUCGCAGAGACCAAAUUCCUCGUUGCUCCGCUGACCUUCUCCAACAGGCAGCCUAUCAGACCAGAGGAGGCGUUGAAGCUGCACAACGGGCCCCCGCGCAGCGCCUACAUGGAGCAGAGCUUCCAGAGCCUGAACCCUGUCCUCAGCCUGCCCAUCAGCCCGGCCCAGGUGGAGCAGGCCCGGAGGAACGCGGCCUCCACGGGCGCAGGACUGGAGCGCUGGCUGGACUCGCUGGUGGGGGGCAUGUGGACCGCCAUGGACGUCUGCACCGCAGGCCCCACAGCCUGCCCCGUCAUGCAGCCCUGCAGCCAGACGGCCUGGAGCUCCUCCAGCCCCGACCCCAAGUCCGAGCUGGGGGCUGUCAAACCUGAUGGCCGGCUCAGGUAGCACCGGGCGCGUGCGGGCCACAGCGGAUGUCAGAGGGAAAGCAGCCCAAGGGCUGGUGGCGCCCGGACCCUGGCCCCUGCUGCCGGGGUGCCUUUUAUGAGAGGGGCUCUCCCGGCUACAGAACGAUGGACAGGAAGAUGCGGAGGUCAAGGCAGCUCCUGCCAACGACCUGUCCGUGCCCCCCGCCAGGCUCUGGGGGGCGAGGAGUGCGCAGCCCCGGGGCCGUCUUACCU